CAGGGUCGGGGGCGCGGCGGGGCGGGGCCUGGUGGCUCAGCGCUCAGCGGCGAUCGCUGCAGACCCGGCAGCCCAGGCUCCUUCGAGCGCCACCGGCACCUGCUGCCCUCUUCUCGCCCGGGACGUCGCUGCCAUGCGGCUGGCGCUGCUCUGGGCCCUGGGGCUGUUGGGUGCGGGCAGCCCUCUGCCCUCCAGGCCGCUCCCAAACAUAGUGCUCUCUUGGGUGUGUCCUGGGGACCCUGCAGGUGGCAAAGAGGAGGCCCAGGCACAGCAGCAGAAGCCUGUCAGCGUCCUCUCAGAGCCCCAGGCCUUUCAGAUCAACCCAGCCUUCCACCUGACAGAGGGACUACAGACCAGCCUUCCUGGGGCCUUGCAGAUCGGUGUAGACCUAGAUGGCCAGAGGCAUGUGCUGGAGCUGAUGCCGUACAGGGAUCUAAUUCCAGGCCACCCUAAACUGGUGUGGCACCAGCCUGAUGGUACUCAAGUGGUCAGUGAGGGGCACACACUGGAGAACUGCUGCUACCAAGGACGGGUGCAGGGCCACAAGGGCUCCUGGGUCUCUGUCUGCACCUGCUCUGGGCUCAGGGGCCUGGUGAGCCUGUCCUCAGAGAGAAGCUACUCCCUGGACCUAGGUCCCAGGGGCCUCCAGGGGCCUCCUGCCAUCUCCCGCAUCCAAGACUUCCUCCCACCAGGCCAAGCUUGUGCGCAGGGCCAGCGGACAUCUGUGCCCACUCAGGUCUCACCACAGCACCCUGUGGAGCGGCAUCAAAGCCGGCGGAGACGGCACACGAUGACCGAGACCAAGACUGUGGAGCUGGUGAUUGUUGCCGACCAUUCCGAGGUGCAGAGGUACCCAGACCCCCAGCGCCUACUGAACCGCACACUGGAAUUGGCCCUGCUUUUGGACACAUUCUUCCGGCCCUUGAAUGUGCGGGUAGCAUUGGUGGGGCUGGAGGCCUGGGCGCAGCGGGACCUGGUGGAGGUCAACAGGGACCCAGGUGUCACCCUGCACAACUUCCUUCGCUGGCGCCAAGAGGACUUGCUGCCUAGGUUGCCCCAUGACAGUGCCCAGCUGGUGACGGCAACAGAGUUCUCUGGGCCCCAUGUGGGCAUGGCCAUCCAGAACUCCAUCUGCUCCCCAGACUUCUCGGGAGGUGUGAACAUGGACCACUCCACUAGCAUCCUGGGGGUUGCUUCGUCUAUCGCCCAUGAGCUGGGUCACAGCCUAGGCCUAACCCACGAGGCCCCAGGGAACAGCUGCCCCUGUCCUGGUCCGGCCCCAGCCAAGAGCUGCAUCAUGGAGGCUUCUACAGAUUUCCUGCCAGGCCUGAACUUCAGCAACUGCAGCCGGCGGGCACUGGAGGAUGGCCUGCUGGAUGGGAUGGGCAGUUGCCUACUGGCACGGGCCACUGGGCUGCCCUCCCUGGCCAGCUACUGCGGGAAUGGGCUGCUGGAGCCAGGCGAGCAAUGUGACUGCGGCUUCCCAGAUGACUGCACUGACCCCUGCUGUGACUCCUUUACCUGCCAGCUGAGUCCAGGGGCCCAGUGUGCAUCUGCUGAACUCUGCUGCCACAACUGCCAGCUUCGCCCUGCAGGCUGGCAGUGUCGCUCAGCCCGAGGCGACUGUGACUUGCCAGAGUCAUGCCCAGGAGACAGUGCCCAGUGUCCCCCUGACCUCAGCGUGGGAGACGGGGAGCCAUGUGCCAAUGGCCAGGCCGUGUGCAUGCAGGGGCGCUGUGCCUCCUAUGCCCACCAAUGCCAGGCCCUUUGGGGCCCAGGGACCCAACCUACCUCACUGCUCUGCCUCCAAGUUGCCAACACCCGGGGGGAUGCCUUCGGUAGCUGUGGACGUGCCCCAAAUGGCAGCUAUGUGCCCUGUGAGGCUAGAGAUGCCAUCUGUGGGCAGCUCCAGUGCCAAAGGGGCACAGCCCAGCCCCUGCUGGGCAUGGCCCAGGAUCUACGCUGGGAGAGACUGGAGGCCAAUGGGACGUGGCUGAACUGCAGCUGGGUGCACCUGGACCUGGGCAGUGAUGUGGCUCAGCCUCUGUUGGUCCUACCUGGCACAAGCUGUGGUCCUGGCCUGGUAUGCCUGAACCGUCAAUGCCAACCUGUGGGUCUCCUGGGAGCACAGGAAUGUCGCAGCAGAUGCCAUGGGCAUGGGGUGUGCGACAGCAACAGGCACUGUCACUGUGACGAGGGCUGGGCACCCCCAGACUGCGCCACCCAGGCCAGAGCCACCAGCUCCCUGACCACAGGCCUGCUUCUCAGCCUGCUGGUGCUGCUAGUCCUGGUGCUGCUUGGUGCCAGUUACUGGUACCGUGCCCGCCUGCACCAGCGACUCUGCCAGCUCAAGGGACCCACCUGCCAGUACAGGGCAGCCCAGCCUGCACCCCCAGAACGCCCAGGCCUCCCACAGAGGGCCCAGCUAGUGCCAGGCACUAAGGCUAGUGCUCUGGGCUUUCCAGCACCCCCCUCCAGGCCACUGCCUCCUGACCCCGUGCCCAAGAGACUCCAGGCUGAGCUGGCUGGCAGACCCAGCCCCCCCACCCGCCCUCUGCCCGCUGACCCGGUGGUGAGGCACCUGCAGGGGCCCACCAAGCCCCCACUCCCGAGGAAGCCACUGCCUGUGGACCCUCACGGCCGGCGCCCAUCGGGUAACUUGCCCAACCCAGGAGCUGCAAGCCCACCCCUAGUGGUGCCCUCCAGGCCCGCGCCACCGCCUCCAGCAGCGUCCUCGCCCUACCUCUGACCUCUCCCCAGGCCCCUGAUGCCCCACCUGGACUUGGGACUUCAAAGAGGCGCCCCUCCAACUCUACCCCACCCUUCACCUCGUUUGUGACCCGCGAUGCCCGAGCUCCUGAAGGCCCAGGCAGCUCCGGGAGCGGUGGAGCUGCAUCACGGGGUCGCCAGCGCAGCUGCUGCCCGGGGUUAGGCAGGGACUGGGCGCUGGACGCGGUCCGGGAGGUGUGCACAACUGGUGGGUUCGGCUGCAAUAAACUAGGUGGUAGGA